ACGACAAGGAAGGAGCCCGGUUCAUGCAGCUAUCAUAUCGGCCGAGCCGGCCGGGUGCCUGAGGUUGGGAGGGCCCAGCACGAUCUCAUCCCCUCUGCGGCGGCGAGUCCUGAGCAUCCACGUGAUAAUCUUCCGAUUCUAAAACUCCCCUCCUCAUCCUGCUGGCACAAGAUCAAAUUAAAGAGUGGUACUGGCAUAGCAGGAAACAAUGUUGCCACUGCUCAUGCUACCAGUGGCGGCAGCCGCCUGCCGCAGCCUUUGCGUGCCGGUCGGCUGCACUGCGGCAAUGUCGGUGGUACCAAGGUGCCACCGGAGAACGUGAUCGUGAUUAGCGACGAUGAGGCGAGCGACGAUGAGGCGAGCGACGAUGAGGCGAGCGACGAUGAGUCGAGCAACGAUGAGUCGAGCGACAGACAGCAGAGCGACAAACAGCAGAAAAGACAAGCAUCUAUUCCUGACUACACCAUACGCAACAGCGACGCUCCAGCGACAGAUGUUGCCUCUAGCCGGGAGGAGGGCGCACGACAGAGAUCGGAUGGACGAAACCGCUCUGUAUCCCAUGAUCACUACGGCGGCGGCGACCGGACGGGCGGCUCAGCCCGCCGCCAUUCGCCGGUUCCAGACGAGACCGGAGAGCCGACUGAGAAUGAUCCUGUCAGGUUGCCACAAGUUCAGGAGCACCGGGCAAGCCUAUCGGUAUUGCCGGACCGUCAGAGCAUCAGCAAACCUAAGCCAGAAGAUGCCAAGCUAACCUCUCAACACUGGAGUUCACCCAGUGCCGCCUCCAAACGUAGGGGGGAAACACAACACUGGUCCGGUAGUAGCACCCUCUCCCAGCCCUAUGAUCAUCAUGGCGACCGCAAUCAAACGAUCGACCCAAAGCAGGGUGAUACUUGGCCGCCGGGCGACAGAGGGACGCGGGGUAUGGGAAGUUCUAUCGCGGCCUCGCCAGUACAAGAGGGUGGGGCGAGCGUUCCGCAAUUGCCGGCAGCCAUGAGCAACAACGACCGUGUGCUGGCUAAUGUCGGGCCAUCCGCUAGCCAGGGCUCCAUCGGGCUUCAGCAAAGCUUGGGCCGUUAUCCACGAAGCGGUACCGACGUGGGGGAGAACCAGAGACCUGCUAAGGACAGCAUCGGAGAGCACGGUCAGGGAGAGGUCACCUAG